AUGAAAAAAAAGAUAUCUACCCAUGAACGGCUUCAGCUUAUUGCUCGCCAUAUCACUCAUCCUCGUUCUGAUAACACUGAAAACGAUAAACUUGCACGAGCAGCUGUUAACAAAGGAUUGCAUCGAUUCAUCACAAAGAAAACUACUAUCCAUGAUGAACAAGUGAUGAGUAAUAAACCUUGCGAGGUACAACUUUCUACUGAUAUUUACAAUAUUAUUAUGUUGAAAAAUGUAUGUAAAUUUAAUGAUGGAUAUUUAACUUUCUUAUCAAUUAAACUGACAUUCGGUGUUUCAAAAAUAUUCCUAGAAAUGCUAGGAGAACACCCUGCAUCAAAGCUGCAAGAUAUUUGUCAAAAGAACAAGUUGGAUUUACAUAUGGUGAAAGAGUCAUGGAAGACUACUUACCAUCUUAAAAGGGAUAUAGCAGUUAACAAAGCAGCUAUGGAACCUGUGAUGAUGGACUUGGGAAUUGAUUAUAAGAAUGCAAGAGAUCAGAAAGAUGAAGUUGUGAGCUUUGACGUUACGUUGAUGAGUGGGGUAGACAUAAACAGAAAUCAUCUUUAA